AUGCAUGCAGUAAACAGCAAUAGCAGUAAAAUGGAUUUUAAGGGCUUUAAUAAUCCAAGGCUAAGGAAGGAGGUGGAAGAAAUAGGGGAAGAUAGGAGAAGGGAUGGGGAGAGACUGUGGAGGAGAAAUGGGAAAGAGAAAAUAGGAGGAGGGCUUCUGGAUGAUGAUGGGUUGCCACAUGGGUUCUGUACAGUCACCUAUUCAUCUACAGACAGAUUUGAAGGAAACUUUGUGCAUGGAGAAAAGAACGGCCGUGGCAAGUUCUUCUUUUUUGAUGGAAGCACACUGGAAGGGUAUUAUGUCGAUGAUGCUCUCCAAGGCCAGGGACUCUACACGUACGAGGAUGGAGGGGUUCUUCACGGCACGUAUGUGGAUGGAGAACUUAAUGGACCUGCCCAGGAAUAUGACAUUGAUGGGCGACUAAUAUUCAAAGGACAAUACAAAGAUAAUAUUCGACAUGGGGUGUGUUGGAUAUAUUACCCGGAUGGAGGCAGCCUUGUAGGAGAAGUGAAUGAAGAAGGGGAGAUGACGGGGGAGAAAAUAGCCUAUGUGUAUCCUGAUGAGAAGACUGCAUACUAUGGAAGGUUCAUAGAUGGAGAAAUGAUAGAAGCAAAACUGGCAACCCUUAUAUCUGUAGAGGAGGGGAAGCCACACUUUGAACUGGUACCAGGCAGCCCAGUAUACAGUUUUGAUAAAUCUACUUCAUCUUGCAUUUCUACAAAUGCACUUCUUCCUGAUCCUUACGAGUCAGAGAGGGUAUAUGUUGAUGUAUCUCUAAUUUCCAGUGCUGGCGAAGGAUUGUUCUCUAAAAUAGCAGCAGGAUCAAGCACAGUUAUGUCCUUUUACAAUGGAGUGCGAAUUACACACCAGGAGGUGGACAGCAGAGACUGGGCCCUCAAUGAAAACACAAUAUCACUGGAUGAUGAAACAGUCAUAGAUGUGCCGGAGCCCUACAACCAUGCCACCAAGUAUUGUGCCUCGCUGGGGCAUAAGGCCAACCACUCCUUCACUCCUAAUUGCAUCUAUGAUCCGUUUGUUCAUCCUCGUUUUGGGCCAGUGAAGUGUAUACGCACCAUCAGGGCUGUGGAGAAAGAUGAAGAAUUAACAGUGGCUUAUGGAUAUGAUCACAAUCCCAUCGGGCAGAAUGGGCCAGAAGCACCAGAAUGGUACCAGAUGGAACUGAAAGCCUUCCAGGCUGCCCAGCAGAAGUGAAAUGCAGGCAAAUUCUCAGUUCAGCAAGCUGAAAUAGAAACUUUGAUCUAUGCACUACCUUUAUAUUGAAAACUGGACAACCAGGGAUUUGUUCAUGCUGUUGCAUCAUAACCUCUCAUAUGGUGUUAGAAAUAAGUUUCUUGCAUACUGACUAUGUUUGACCGCAUUACUCAUAGCAGAUUUAAAAUUAGCUAGUGUUGCACCAGUCUUAUCUGAAAGAAUUAUUAAAUAUUCUAUACAAGGCAGCGUGAUAUUUUAGUAGCUUUUAUCUAACUCUGCACCAUAUGCAAAGAUGCCAAAAGAUUAGACAGAAAAUGAAAAGAUCAUUCACUUUUAGUCAGACUUCAGUGUUACUAUUUCUACAGCCUAGGCAUUACUGUGCAACUGCAUUUUACAUACAUGCCAUUUGUGAUGGUAAUGAUACUAUUUUGAUAUUCUCUAAUAGUAGUGUAAUUUGCCUUUUUAAACCUUUGAUCUUAAUCUUGCAAUAGAGCAGUUUAUUUAUUGGUGUAUAGGAGGCUGGGUUUUUAUUCCCUUGUCCCCUUAUCUGAGCGUUUUUCUUUCUACAAAAUCCUCUCUUGCAGGAGAAAACCUUUCUAACAAAUGGAAAGGUUUGUAUACUUUAGAGAGAGAGAGUGAGUGAGUGCUGUGUAUAGGUCUCUGUGAUAUUUUAUAUAAAUAGUUUUAGUGGUAUUAAUAUCCAUAACACUUACUUGUCUGGCCUUUGGGCCUGGGAUACUCUGUUUAAAUAUGAUUAUCACACAUGAAUUAACAUGUAUUUGCAUGAAGAUGUUCAAAGAGGAGAAAGUGGGGUUUGACAUUCAGGAACGUGGUUGCUGGAACAAUUUUUAUAGUGAGGGUGCUAAGAGCCAUUGAACUAAACCGUGAGCCCAUCUAUCUGAUGGAAACUACUUCAAGCCAGAGGAUGCAGCAUCACCCUUACUUCCAGCACCUAUGUUCAGGAAAGGGAACAUUCAUUUGGAAAUUAACAAGUCUUGCCUCAUGUUGUAGAAGAGAUUGAUAGAGCCGCCAUUUCAGUUUAGAUCAGCAAUGGGCAACGUGGGGUAGUGAGUGGGCUGCACGAGUGGCCCUUCUUCUCAGUGGGCCGCAAGAUUAUUGUAACCAAGACAGUUCCCUGGGAUAGGGUAGUUUUGCUAACUGUGCUUACGUACUUAGAAUUUGCAAGGUGAGCUGGUUGAACCGUAGCAGCACUUUGAUUGGAGGCAGAGGGAGCACUCGGCUCUCACAGCCAGUGCUGUGUGCAAUCAGCACGCACCUCACUUCACAUGCCUUUGCUUUAUGUGGGUAUCGCUUUAGCAAUACCGGUAUGGAAAAAACCUAUAUGGAUGGAAACCAGCCGAAUCUGGCAACCCUGCAUUUGGGCAACAGUGUUUAAAAAAAAUCUUGUGGGCUACACACAGAGCCCACAUGGGCCUCAAUUGAGGUUGCCCACCACUGGUUUAGAUAAUCCAGGCCUUCUUGGGAGGGUCUACAAUCUUGCUGACCUUUUUGUUUGUGGUUUUUAAAUAGUACGGGAAUAGUUAAAAUGCACUUGCAAUAGACUUACUUUACAUAGAUAUAGAAUUUUGUGUGUCUGACAAACAAGAGUGCUAAGGAGAAUUAGACUUAAAUUGCUACAGCAGCAGUACCUUCUUUGAUUUGUUUUAAGAGUUUGAACUACCCCGAUACAGUUUUCUUUGAUCCGCAAACUAGCAUGAAUGCAGGUGUCCAUUUCAAAUAGGGAAAGGCAUCUGGCAGUGUGGAACCUAGAUAUUUUUAGAGAAUGCUUUGGAUGGACCAAAGACACAGAAGAAUGACGAUGCUAUUUUAUGCUGUGUGAGGAUCCUCAAUGUGGUGUACAUACGUAGUUGGAGAAUUUAAGUAAAGCCCUCUUUAAUUUGGGCUCUAUUUAUUUAGCUUACACAACUGCUGCUCAGAGCUUUUCAGGACUUUUUGACAUUUAGGCUUGCACAGAAGCUAAUUUUCAAUGGGUGGGUGUAUGCCGUGGCUUCCAGAGCGCGCUCCCAGCAAAGAUAAGAGUGCAGGCUUUUUCAACACCCACUCCCUCGCUCUGGAGACUGUAACCACAUCUGUGUUUCUUCGUAUAUGGCAGGUGGCCUACCCAGAUGAUAUUUUGGUGACUCAGUUUGGGUUUGCUGAGAGACUGAACCGAUCCUCACACAUGAAGGAGAGUUGUCAAAGGCUGAUUGACAAUACCACUUCAGCAGGUGACCCUCAAAAAAAAAAUAGGAAUGUGUAAGAAUAAUUUCUGCCCGCACAUAGAUCAACAAUUUAAGGGCAUCACAACGCUGAAGUGUAACUGUUGCUUUACUAGAGGCAUGUCUUCCUCUAAACUGUUGGAGGAAUCUUAAAAGUUAGGAUUGUGUUUCAGUGGGAAACAAGAAUGGUCUGGCUAUGAAUGAAUAGCAAAUGGAUUUAUUCUAAAUAACUGGCCAUCAGGAGGUUGCUUGACUUUUUUUUUCCCUCCCUCCCAUGUCACUUGGAAAAACUUGUAUAAGUGUUCUUUCUGCUACAGUCCUCUUACCUCACUUUGAUUCCUGCUUCUACUGUCUCCCAUGAACUUUGUUCAGGGAGGUGAUCUCCUUUGUUUUUUUAAGGCAUGCAUUAAACAAAUGCUUUCUACUAGGUAGACGUGAUUGUUAUAGGGUAAAAAACAGAGAAUUAAGCCCUCAGGUUGCUAAAACCUUGCUUUUUCUUUGUUUUGUUUUUCCUUCUAAUGCCAUUCACUUGGUGUUGGGCAAAUAGAUUAAGUACUGAUUUGAGAAGGUUGAAAUAUGAGGAUAUGUCUAAUCAUGACAAGCAAAAGUCUAGUCUCUCUCCGUAUUGCUACACCACUUCUCCCUGCUCCAUUAGAAUCUGUUGAUCCCUGCUGGUCUUCCUCAAUGACACAUCUCUUACAACAUCAACAUCCUUGGUCUGAAUUAGGUUUGAUUCUUUUUAAUUUUUCCUGUGGGCUCUCAGGGGCCGGAAAAUGAUUUUUUUUUUUAAAGGACACAGAUUUUGGCUUGAAAUGGAAUAUGAUUGUGACAGCAUGCAGCCACAGAAAAUCCCUUGCGAUUGUUCCCCUCGUGCUACUGACACAUGCUUUCAUCCUCUCUGGGACUCCCCACCACCAUGUCCUGCUGGGCCAAAUUCUGUGGUCUACCCCAGACAAGGCAAAGAGUUGGAAAUACCACCCCCUGCAGAGCAAUGCAGACACUCAACCAGUUUAGUUCUCAGAGAAUGCAUUUCUAGGGCACAGCACCCAGGAAACCAACCCCCAAAAGGAAUCAAAACCCCUGAUAAAUCCAUCUUUGAGUAAAAGUCAUGAGGAUGUUUUUCCCCUUUUCAAUGAAAGAGAAAUAUGCACACUGGUUGUCCAUUAACCCAGUAACAAUAAUUUACAUUGAGCCUGAUAGUAAACCAAAGUGUUCUUAUUAAGUAGGAUUUAAAUGGUUGAGAGGUGAAAACAGACAGAUCAAAGUAAGUUAAGUUAAAUUUAAAAGAAAAUGCUAGUGCUAAUUCACUACAGAACUUAUUGUAAGCAGAUUCUUACCGUAAUGAGCUGUUCCAGGCAUUAUCUUUAGGUCAGAGACUUUUACCCUGACCUGUCCCCAGCCCUCUUUGGAGUGGAUCUGUUAUCUGAAGACAAAGGGCUGAUAGCUUUCCAUUGCUUAAUUGUUUUUCCCCCAGGGUGGGAACCUUUCAUUCCACAUUACCCUUCCCCUGCCUCCAUUAAAAACUACCAGGGUCAAAAUGGAAUCCCAGUACCAGAUGGUAUGGCUACAUCUUACUAGUCCAGUCACCUUUGGACUUAUAGGACAAACAAGGCUGUUUACAAGUUGUUAAGUUGAUCAUGAAGUGAUUAAAACUUUUUUUGGGGGGGAGUAAUGGCUCUCAUUAGCAUAUAUAAAACUAAGAACUCUCAUAUUUCAUGUUUCUGACUUUACAUACAAGAAUGAUGCAUGCACUAAAAUAGGAUACAUAGAUCCAGCAGUUUGUCACAUUAAAAUUGAUAGAUACUUUUUGUGUGUGUGUGAAAUGAGUUGAGUAGUGGCACAUAAGAGACCUACAUCAGAGCUUUUCUGUCUCUGGUUCUAGGCAAGUAGUCUUUAUGUAAAAUGACCCUCAGGAGAAUGCAUAAAUGUACGGUAUUUUUAAUAUGUAAUAAUACUAAAAUCUAAAUAGUUAGAUUAACAGGAGGGCAGCAUUCUCUUGUGCUCAGAGUCUGACAAGGACAUGUCGUAUUACAAGAAACUGAAGACAGAUGAACUCCAGAUGGGAACACGUGCUGACCAGGGAACACUGACCAAGUGGUGUAAUAUCCUUUUAAUUCUGGAGGAUGGCAUAGCAGAAUAUGUAAUCCUCUUCUAAGAUGUUAAUUUGUGAUAUGGACAUGAUUCAGAUUCCAACCUCCUUGUUUGUAUCAGGAUCUUCAAUAUCUUCACACACAUACGCCUCUGUAAUAAUAAGAUUUCUCCAGCUCUUCUGAUGAAGAAGCAGAACAUAAAACAGUUUGCACUAGUCCUCAACCUAAACAUGAUGGUGAUUUUGCUGCAGAUCUCCUUUUUGCUAUCUGCCAGAUAAUCUGGCUACAUUGCCAGGACAGCAGCUUGUCAUUGUAAUCAGGAACCCAGAAGUUUUGUGUAGAGCUAGCAUAAAGUCUCUUACAAAACUAGAGAAAUGGAGGAACCAGAGGUUGCUAAAAGAGCUGGUAAUUGUAAAAGAGCUAGAGCAGCAUGAGAAGAAGGGCCCUGAACUGUAAUGUCAGCUGCUAGGUAUCUUUUGUAGACAUCAAGGAUAGGGAAGUGGGAUCAGGCUGUUUUUUUUUUUUUUUUUUUUAAGUUGUGCUCAACACACUGUGCCUUUUAAAGAUUCUAAGGGGUUUCCAGGAGAUUCUGAUGCCAUAAUUUGGCCCACUUGCAUUCCUUUAUCUGGUGAACCUCCCUCUGGUUUUAGCCGUUUUAGCUACAAAUCUGAAGAGGGUGUCACACUGGCAUUUGCUCUAGUUAAGAGGAAAUAAUCCACAGAAGUCUGACAAAUUUGAACAGGAAUAAUUUUGGAAAAUCAAAAUCAUGAUGGAUCUGGGUUUUGUCCAGCAUUAGUCAACCUGAGUUGACUACAUGAAUUCUCUACUUCAUUUUGACUACUGCAGUUAUGACCUACUUCAGCUGCUCAGUGGUGAAGAAGUCAGUCCAAAGAUCAUCUGAGACCUUGCUUUGAAGUGGUGCAGCUGCCUCCACAGUGGUCUGUGGGGGAAGAGCCUAGACCUUUAAGUGAACAGAGCCUUUAAGCUUUAAAAGGCUAAAAUUGAAGGGGAGACUGUAUUGUUACACAAUCCCAAACAAGGGAUCAGAGCUACAAUAUUGCUGUGUUUUCACGGGAGCAAGAGAACUCAGCAGGGCUGCAAGAGGGAUUCUCAGUCACCAAUGUGUGCUACUGGCACAGAACAGCCAGUGCACCUAGUGGGCUUCUGGUACUGCUGGAGGUCCAUGGUAGUGGUAGAUGUUAGUCCAUCAGCUUCACUUUCCCGUUGGCUCUGGACCUUAUUGAUUGAUACUUACUGAUCCCAUUUACCUCACUGUGAUUUGUGGAUGUCACUUGUAGCAAAACCUGAAGAUGCUGAUGAGGAUUACAGCCCCUUUGCCCUAGUGGCUGUAUGAAAACACAGAAGGCAUUGUUUCUUCCCCAAAGAGCUUUUAAUUUUGACCAUUGUUGCUUGACAGUGUUCUCUCCAAGAGAAGGUCAAGAAGGUCACAUUGGUGGUUUUCUGAGGUAUUCUCCAAAUCUGUGGCUUUUAUUUUAUCUGCACAACAGAUGUAUCCUUAAGCUCUCUGCCCAUACAGUGCCUCUGGAGGCCACGUCUGAAUUUGGUUCAGUGGUACCAGGUAACUUUUUAAAAAAACACAACAAGCAAAGGAAAAACACGAUUUCCCAUUUAGCUGGAAUAUGGCCCUUA